GGGCGGGGGGGAGGUGGGUGGGGGGAAGGCGGCUCCGCACACCCAAGAUGGCGGCGGUGGAGCUGGAGUGGGUGCCCGAGACGCUCUAUAACACGGCGAUCUCGGCCGUGGUGGAUAGUUACGGGCGGGCCCGGCGCCGGGACAUCCGCUCGCUGCCCGAGAACAUCCAGUUCGACGUGUACUACAAGCUUUACCAACAGGGCCGUUUAUGCCAGCUGGGUAGUGAAUUUUGUGAACUAGAAGUUUUUGCAAAGGUGCUACGAGCUUUAGAUAAAAGACAUCUGCUUCAUCACUGUUUUCAGGCUUUGAUGGACCAUGGAGUAAAAGUUGCUUCUGUACUGGCCUAUUCUUUCAGUAGACGGUGCUCCUACAUAGCAGAAUCGGAUUCUGCUGUAAAAGAAAAAGCAAUCCAGAUUGGGUUUGUUUUAGGAGGGUUCCUAUCGGAUGCAGGCUGGUACAGUGAUGCUGAGAAGGUGUUUCUUUCCUGCCUUCAGUUGUGCACCCUUCAUGACGAAAUCCUUCAUUGGUUCCGUGCUGUAGAAUGUUGCGUAAGGUUGCUGCAUGUUCGAAAUGGUAACUGUAAAUAUCACUUGGGAGAGGAAACAUUCAAACUUGCUCAGUCUUACAUGGACAAACUUGCAAAACACGGUCAGCAGGCAAACAAAGCUGCGCUCUAUGGGGAGCUGUGCGCGCUGCUCUUUGCCAAGAGCCACUAUGAUGAGGCUUAUAAAUGGUGUAUAGAAGCUAUGAAGGAGAUCACAGUUGGGCUGCCUGUAAAAGUAGUAGUGGAUGUUUUACGACAAGCUUCAAAGGCUUGUGUUGUAAAACGUGAAUUUAAGAAGGCUGAACAGCUGAUAAAACAUGCAGUAUACCUUGCCCGGGAGCAUUUUGGAGCCAAGCACCCCAAAUAUUCCGAUACUCUACUAGACUAUGGAUUUUACUUGCUCAAUGUAGACAAUAUUUGCCAAUCUGUUGCAAUCUAUCAGACAGCUCUUGAUAUCCGGCAGUCAGUAUUUGGAGGUAAAAACAUACAUGUAGCUACAGCUCAUGAAGACUUGGCUUAUUCUUCCUAUGUUCACCAGUACAGCUCUGGAAAAUUUGACAAUGCACUAUUCCAUGCUGAACGUGCUAUUGGCAUUAUAACUCACAUUCUCCCAGAAGACCAUCUUCUCUUGGCGUCUUCAAAGAGAGUAAAAGCACUUAUCCUGGAGGAGAUUGCAAUAGACUGUCACAACAAGGAAACUGAGCAGAGGUUACUUCAAGAAGCUCACGACUUACAUCUGUCCUCACUCCAGUUAGCUAAAAAAGCCUUCGGGGAGUUUAAUGUACAAACAGCGAAACACUAUGGCAACCUUGGGAGACUGUAUCAGUCCAUGAGAAAGUUUAAGGAAGCAGAAGAAAUGCACAUCAAGGCAAUUCAGAUUAAGGAGCAGCUUCUGGGUCAGGAAGAUUAUGAAGUUGCGCUGUCAGUGGGUCAUCUAGCAUCGCUCUAUAACUAUGAUAUGAAUCAAUAUGAAAAUGCUGAAAAGCUUUAUUUGAGAUCCAUAGCAAUUGGAAAGAAGCUUUUUGGUGAAGGAUACAGUGGACUUGAAUAUGAUUACAGAGGUCUCAUUAAACUGUACAAUUCCAUUGGCAAUUAUGAGAAAGUUUUUGAAUACCACAAUAUUUUGGCCAAUUGGAACCGGUUGCGGGAUCGGCAGUUCUCAGUGACAGAUGCUCUGGAGGACGUAAGCACCAGCCCUCAAUCCACUGAAGAAGUGGUCCAGUCUUUUCUGAUGUCUCAGAACGUUGACGGACAGAGUAGCUAAGAACUUGGUCAAUUAACCAGUUAAGGUUUUUUCCCCCAGGUUACAGGGGGAAAAGUCAUACUGUGAAAUCUAAACCAUGUAGUUCUCUGGGGGCUGGAAUUUGCAUUGAAACACUGGUCCAGUCUACUGAAGAGUGCCCAUACGGAUGAAUGUGUGUUAAAUUCUUAUCAGCAUGUGUAUGGCAUGUUUAGUUCGGCUCACAUUUUUAACUUGGUAUUCCUGAAAACCCCCUUCUUUCUCUCUUCUUUCAAAAGAAGCUACUUUGCAGAAAGUCUGCAAGAAAACAUUAAAUAAAACUGUUUGAGUUCAAAAGAGUUGCAUUCUUGUUAUGAAUGGAAGGUUUCAUCAAGAGCUUUCUUCUGACAAUAGAAAGAACAAAUGCUGUACCGUAGAAGUUAUACGAGAGAGGUCUUUCUCCUGUCUGCAUUGUAGCAAAGUUAAUGGUAAAUACCAAGAAAAGGGAGAAUGAGAACGCCCUAGCCUUGGCUGCUGCCUUAGGAAGAAAAAGUGGCAAAGAACCACUUUGGAGAGCAACAUACUCUUUGCGAACCACGAUAGGCUGUUAAGCAAGUAACCACCGUAUGUUGUUUUUAAUAUCCUGAACUGGACCAGUGAUCAUCUGUAAGCGAUAGAAGAUCCAGUAGACCAGCGAUCCUUGGUACCAACCAAGAGUGCUAACCUUCUGACCAGGACCAGGAAAAGCGAAAGCGGACCAGCCUGCUAGAAACAGUUUUUGGACCAGUGGCUUUAAUUUAAUAUUUCUGCCCCUGCAUUCACUUCUACAGUAGAAUUCUUUCAUUUAGGUGUAUGAUCAGUGCAAAAUUAUAUUCAUGUAAUAGAUACAAAACUAGGAAGUGAACGUUCUUUAGCGGUUGCGAUGGCAUGUCUUUACCUAGUAAGCUUAUACAAAUAUUAAUGUCAAUGCCACAGGCAAGAACUAGAAACGCUUAACUAUUUGCUGCAGCCAUCUCUUUUCUUUUUUUUUUUUUUUCCUUUUUGAAUGGGCUUACUCUAAUAAUUGAGGCCGUAACUUGUUUAUAUCAGUUAAUAGUUUUGUAUUACAAUCCAGUUCAAUUUUAUGUUUCUGGAGAACACAACUUAUUGUACAGUUUGCAGGGGUCAGUGGAAAAUGCCAAAAAGCACAACAGGUCUUUUUUGUGAUGCUUCGUUUCUACAUUAAACAAUAGUACAACCAGAAACUGAUUCCUUUAUAUUAAUUUAAAAAGCAGAAGUCAGCUGUAAAGAUCUUUAAUAAUGCCUAUCUCACUAGCUUGUCUUAAUUUUUCUUCUCUUGGGGGGGUCUCCUUGAUUGUGUGGGGUUUUUUGUUUUGGUUUGGGUGUCGUUUCUGGUUUGGGGUUUUUUAUUUUGAUGUUGAGGUCAUACUCGUUUGAAAGUCUGUGCUAACGUUGCAAACUAGAACCAACUCGCUGCUGUUACCUCAGUGCUUAUAGCGGCACCGAGAGUGCUCCUAUAGUUAGGAUUCUGGCAGGUUUGGGGGUUUCUCCCUCCCCCCCCUAUUUUCAGGGGUUUGUAACCUGGCCGUGGUGGGUCCAUCCAAGCCGGGGCUCAGCAAGCACUGGGACCUGCGGGACUUGGACUGGGCAGGUUGUUUUGGGGUCUGGUUUUUAAUUUGUUUAUGGAGUUUGGGACAGGGAAAGCUGCUUGUUGGUCUCCAAGAAAGAGUGCAGAGAAGAAAUUUCAAUUUCAGAUGCGACUUUGAGCUUAAUGGCUCUUUUAGGAACUGAAAUUUUGCAGGCCAAUAGUUCAUAUACUGGUGCCUUCAAGUAUAUUUUUGGGGGAAAGGCUGAAUAAUACCAACUUUACAUGCAGUUAUGUAAUUAGUGAAUGCGGAUUUAAUGAUUGCAUACUUGGAAUAUCUUCACUGAUGUGAAAAGAAGUAUUUGCAUAAAAAGCCCCCUGUGGUAUUAAGACUUAGACUGCAGUAUAUCCUUAACAGCUGUUCAAUGAAAAUCCAACUUAAAAUUAUGUGUAGAUAGAAAAUCUAAUUUCUGUGUAGCAGUUUUUCUUUAUGACUGCUUUAGGUACUACAAACAAAUUCAGCUCUCUACAAGGCAAAACAUUUUUUUCCCUGAAUGCCCAUACAGCAGGGCAGUGAUGAAUUAUAAAGUUCUUAUGAAUUAUUUUCUUAAGUCCUAUGAAAACUAUUCAAAAGUAAAUGAAGUAUGUAAUGUCAGAACUUAGGCAGAGGAGAUGUGCCUAAAACUGUCCUAAAGAAGCUCUGUAACUUCUGUACUGCAGAAGUGUUUAAAAGCUUCAGCCUGGGUACGUGGACUUACACAUAUGUUACCUGGAGAGCAUUUAUUUGCUCAGGGUUUCCAGUCUUGGGUCUCCGCUUCCAGCUUUUGACUAAGGAAUCUCAGAGAUCUCAAGGUUUUGUGAUUGGGAUGAGGAGCGUUAUUUGGCUGAUACCAGUGGAAGUGGUCUACACCAGCCGCUGCUGGUAUUUCAGCUCUGCUUCGUGCAUGUGUUUCAUGGUUUGCCUUCAAGUUAGGGCAGCCAGGAGAGUGUCCAACUCUCCAGUGGGGCAGGUAGGAAGGAGUUGUGCUUCUGUCUGGUACCCAAAUGUGUUAGUUCAGUUUGUUUAUCUGGUAGCUUUAUUCUCAAAUCUUGCUGGGUGGAUGCAUUUUCCUUUCUUUCCUGAAGCAUGUUGUGUACUUUGGUCCAUUGGCUUGUCUGGAAGGAAUGAAGGUAUUAGAAGUCACCCAGAAUUCUCUUUGGUAAUGGACUUUGGCCAAGAAAUGUGACUUGGCCAAGAGCAGAUGCCGUCAUCCUUGUAGGACAACUAGCAUGCUUUUCAUGUGACUCAGAUCCUGACUUGACUCUUGGGUUGAACUUCUCACUGCAGCACCUCCACAACUCCAGCCAUGCUAAGGCGUGUAAAUUCUGGAGAAAUGUAGCUGUGGCUGGUUGCUGAAGUUAUUAAAGCACAGGACAUUUGCAGAACAACUUUGCAGCUGCCUACAAAGUGCUCUGUUGCCUGCUUUGCCGUAGCCUGGAACCUUCACCUAAUUCUGUCCUUGCUGCAGAUGCAACACUUACUCUCCAUAUAAUAAUGUAAAGCUGACUUUUUCUAGUUUUUGGCUAUCAUCUAAAUUGACUUCUCAGAAGAUGUCUGUAUUGGCAUCUGGAGACUGUUUGAAAUAUGGUGUUGGUCAAUUUCUGUUGCUGUCUUUGCUGUUGCAGUUUGUUUGUUGCUACUUUUGAGAAAGUGGGAGUCCAAUGGGAUGCCCUCAGAGGAAGGUGAAUGACUUGUCCCUCCAUGAGGGGCCUUCCAUGCCGACGUGCUUGGAGUAGAUCUUCUAGCAUGACUUCAGUAUUUCCUGCCUCCUGCAGCGAGCAGAGGGUGCGCUGCCCUGCGUUCUCUGUGCCGCGCAGGUUGCCAGCACAGGAGCCCUGCGCCUCCCACCCCCCCUUAGAGGCAGAACUGGGGACCCCCCAGGUUCCCCACCCGCAUCUGAGUGUAGGUGCUGGGGAUGCCAGGAGAGCUAAUGCCCCUGUGACUCAAGUAGCCAACUAUGAAACACUAGAUGAAGUUAAUUAUUGGCAUUUUCUGGAUGCACAGUGCACCUACUGCUCGCUGAGCAGGUGCUGACGUUAAAGGGGGAGCCCUGUGAGUGGGAACCCAGGGAAAUGCAUCUUCUGAUUUUUUUUUUUCUUGAAGGUAAGUAAUUUAAUCACAACCAAUGAAUUGGAUGCAAGUGGUGAGGACAGGUGUCACCUUUAAGGAAAACUACUUUAAUUAUUCAAAUUAAACCCUUGUAGCCUAAAGUUGUUUGAAUCGGUGAUUUGUAUGCCCUGUUGGAACGCUGCAGUUUGCCCUGCUCAGUCGGACCUUUUACAGGGAGGAAGGUGAUGUCAGGAUUCCGCCCCUCUUCUGGGUGACUCGUAAUGGCAGGGGAAAAGUACACAGAGAUUUUUAAGAGCUGACAAAAGGGGAAGGGGGAAGUUGCAGGAAGAUAUUUGAAAAUAAAUAUGUCCCUCAGCUACUUGAAGUAAAACAACUAGUGACUGUUUGGCCCCAAACAGGAGUUUGGUCACUUUAAUAGCAUGAUGUUAAUUACAACCGGUCAGUGUCUGCCUCGGUGUCCCGGUCUUCACGUGCACUCUGCUCUGUAUCGAUACCUGUUGUUUAAGACUUUUUUUUUUUGCACAUGGUUUUUGUUAAAUAAUUUUGAAGAGUUUUUGUUGUUGAAUUCUAACUUAUUAGGACAACGAUGUUGUUUUGUAACUUGACAAAUGAAGUAAAUUUUUCUUUAAGUGUGCUGCAGUCUGAAAUUUGCUAAAGGUGCCAUUGCGCUGCUUCUCAUGGUACAAAAAAUGCACAUUUAACUUGAUUUCCUUUUUAUAGUCCUACGUAUUGGUAGAGUACAAAAAGGAAAAUGCAUCGUGCCUAAAACAUGAUUGAAGCUAUUGACAAAAACUUUACUUGAUUUACGUGGAUUGGAUUUGGCUUUGCAGGCUGGCAGCAAAUAGCUGGGGGGGGAUGUUGCCGUUACCGAUCUUUAAAUGGAGAUCCUGCCCUCUGCUGCCUGUGCAGAAACCUUAUUUUAUCUAAAGGUCAUUGUUUCCCUUUUUUUUUUUUCCCUUAUGUUUUAUAAUAAGAAAAUUACUGGCCAAAUGUUGCAAAUGACUCUUGGUUGUGGGUGUUUCCGUGUUUGGCACGACUGGCCUUUGCACGCUGUGUUUCUUGGCCUUGUGAGGAUUUCUGUGAGAAGCGGGGAAGAAACUUCCUUUACCUAGAAAUUAAACGACGUACAAAAAAUUGGUGGCAUUGGUAAUGCUUUUGUCCCUAAAUCUCAGGAAUGUUUUAGGCAGUGAGACAGGUUUCCCUUUGGUGACAUAAAGGUGCGUGCUCUAGGGUUUUGUUUAACGAUAUUUCAUUGCAAUCCUAGGUAUCUAUAGCAUGAGUGGCCUUAGUGAGUUUGUUGAAGUGCACAUUUUUUUUUUUCUUUCAAAAGUAAACUUUAAGAUGAAAAAGAUAUAUACUAUAUAAAUAUAUAGAGAUAUUUAGAAACUUGGUUUGUGGUGCACAAGUUCAGUGUUGGAUCGCUAAAUAAUUGUCGCAGGUACCAUAUGUGUAACUUUUUUUCUUUUAUGUAUAUUCCUUUAUGGGAAGCAAUGUUGCCAUGGUAACUACAACUUUACAAUUUCUUUACUACUUAAUGAUGUGAAUGAACUCUACAUUUUAUUGAAUAUUACCAGGUUCAGUACUAUUUUUAUACUUUAUUGAACUACAGGGGAUUUUAAUUUAAUAGCAUUUUAAAAAAAAAAAGAUGUUGCUUGAACUGUAUAACUGUAUAAAUCAAACUGCUUACACAAGCCCCACCUCUAAACCAGAAUCUCUACCUGUAGUGCCACAUUCAUUUAUCUGAGAGUAUCUUGAUCAUUACUAGACUCUGAAGACCACCCUACUUGUCGUGUCAAGACUUACCGUUUCGUAUCCUCCUUCUCACAGACUGCAGUGCCCGACAUUCUUUGUAACCAUCAAACCAUACUAUGUUUGUAACCAGCAUUGUGAUAUUCUGUAAUUGUAUUGCUAAAAUGAAAUAUUGACCUAAUAAAUAUAGUGUUCCCGCA